UUUGGAAGUGACGAUGUUUACUAGGGCAUUAUUAGUGGUACUAGUGACCUGUCUAGCGGUCGACUCUUCAGCUGGUGCAUACCCGUUUCUAGAAGAGUUUCGCGUAGAGUUUGUCAAUUUAUCGCAGCUGGUAGCUAAUGAGCUAGAAGUUUUUCGUGCCCAAAAUAACCUCCUCAAUGGAUUGUUCAACCGCGAUCUGGUGGCUGGCUACGGACAAUUUGCCUGGACUAUGCAAGAUCGUGAUGCAGGUUUCUUGCAGGAAAUAGUGACUGCCGAUGUUACGGAUGGCUGCCGCGAUGAUGUGUUGUAUAUGCGACUGUUUUAUAUCAUGUUCCAAAACGAGGACAUUCAGAACUGUGCGUGGCAAUCUAAUUUGUACCUGGAAAAUGAUGCUGCAAUCCGCUUCUGGCCGUACCACAACCCGUUUAGCCAUGAAAACGUGCGCACGAUCUCACAGGUCAUUCAGACCCUAGGACGCAAUAAUGUUCUUGAUCCGGAAGCGAUUAGAAAAGAGCUCCAGGAGGAGCUAGAUUACUAUACCAACCUCAGAGUUGGUCGCGAGGAGGUGCUGCAAGACGAGAUAGCUGAGCACAAUGGUACUGCGGAAGUUAUCUUCGAGCGGUUCGAAGCGUGCAGGGAUUAUGCAUACGAUUGGCAACAGAUCGAUCAAAACUACCUAAGGGGAUAUCUGACUACGGAUUGUGCUGAUGUUGAACCUACGGAGCCCACGGAAACCACGACUGGCGAUGAUGACACCACUACGGAAACCACUACUGAAGGUGAAACCACUACUGAAGGUGAAACCACUACUGAAGAUGAAACCACUACCGAAGGUGCGACCACUACCGAAGGUGAGACCACUGUUGAAGGAGAAACUACUACCGAAAUUGAGACGACUGUCGAAGAUGCGACCACCGUUGAAGAUGAGACCACCGUCGUAGAGGAGACACCUACCGAGGAACCGGCGUUCGUGGCUUCCAGACGAUCGAAGAUGCUGAAGCUGUCAAAGUUGCUUCCGUUUCCGAUCGCGCCACAUCGAUUGGGAAGACUAGUUUAAUCACGGACUUUUAUAGCUAGGUUAAGUUUGUAUUUUUCGCGACGACUAAAUAUCGUACUAGAUGUAGAACUAAUUCGUGUAUAAGACAGACAAUAAAUCAUUUCCUAGUUUUUUUUCCCUCACACCAGUCAUCAAAUCGAGUAGCAGACACAGACAUGGUUGAAAAUAUUAUCAGUACGUAAUUGGGAGAGUUAUGGCU